AUUUUCCGAUGAAUAGUUCUUCGUCGUUUUCGUCUCCGGGCAGUGUCGAUUUCGACAGUUUCAUGUUCCAGCCUCCCGGGGAAGUUCAUUCUUUGAUAAACUUCAAAGGUUCAGUGUGUGAUGGCUUCGUUAAUGGGACUAAUUAUGGAUCUCUGCUUAGCUUUGAGCAAAAUGAGAAGGCUCUGCAAAGUACAUACUCAAAAGCCAGUGGUCAUAAAGAAGAUUACUCGAUGUGGGAGGGCGGUUUGAAUCAGAAUUACGAAUGGAGUCCGAUGAAUACGAAGACCGGUGUCAACCCUCGCUCGGUGGAAGACUUUGGCUGCUUUGAAACUGCUAGCAAUUUUAGUUCCAUAACGAAAGAAAACAAUGGAGAUUGGUUGUACUCUGAGGUAGCAGUCGUUGCAGAUAGCUUCACGGAGUUACGAUCACCCAAUGCAGCCGGCGUCAAGCGUCCGAAUACGGGAGACAGCAAUCAAGCUUUGAAGAAACAAUGCAGCAACGAAGCUAAGAAGGCGAAAACUAAGUCCGGUCCAUCAAAGGACCCCCAAAGUAUUGCAGCUAGGAAUCGACGCGAGAGGAUCAGUGAGCGGUUGAAGAUACUACAAGAACUGGUACCUAAUGGCUCCAAGGUUGAUCUGGUAACCAUGCUGGAGAAAGCAAUUAGCUACGUGAAAUUUCUUCAGUUGCAAGUGAAGGUGUUGGCAACAGAUGAAUUUUGGCCGGUUCAAGGUGGGAAAGCUCCUGAUACUUCCCAAGUUAGGGAAGCCAUUGAUGCUAUACUCUCAUCUCAGAAAGACAGAAAUUCAAGCUCUAUGUAAUGGGUUGAAUGUUGAAGACACUUAAAUUUUAGAAUAAUGUUAGUAUAAUUCAAGGACAACACCCAAGCAUUAAAAAGGAUUUUGUUUGGGUGUUGAUGG